AUGGAGCGAUGGUUGGUGAGGACUACGACACCCAGUGAGCGAACAGCACUAUUACCACAAUUAGCAGCACAACAACCUCCGGCAAUUACAACCCAAUUUCUUCUUGCAAAGCACAACAAAGAUAUGGACAACGAUAACACCCACGAUGCUCUAGAGACUUCGGGAUAA